GCCGCCGCCCGGCUCCGCCCGCCGUCCCUGAAGAGGGAGGGGAAGGGAGUGCUGCCAGGAGGGAUUGGCAGCAAGAUGGCGCCGGCGGUGCGGGGGCUGAAGGGCGCUGUGUGGCAGAAGCUAAAAUCAGCAGUGUUUGAUGACUUCAAGAAAGAGGAAGAAUGGAAGAUAAUGCUUUUAGAUGAUUACACUACUAAAUUACUGUCACUGUGCUGCAAAAUGACUGAUCUACUGGCAGAGGGUAUCACAGUGGUGGAGAAUGUAUAUAAAAACCGUGAGCCUGUCCCACACAUGAAAGCAAUAUAUUUAAUAACUCCCACCAAAAAGUCUGUAGAUGGACUUAUUGAUGACUUCAUCAAUAAAUCGUGCAGCAGAUACAAAGCAGCAUAUGUCUAUUUCACUGACUUUUGUCCUGACAACCUCUUCAAUAAAAUUAAAUCUUCAUGUGCAAAAUCAAUAAAGAAAUGCAAGGAGAUCAAUAUUUCCUUCUUCCCUUAUGAGUCUCAGGUAUUUAUUCUCAAUGUCCCAGAUGCAUUCUACCGCUGUUACAGUCCGACUCUGGAAAAGACAAAGGAUAAAGAUGCUGUAAUGCAAGUAAUGGCUGAACAAAUUGUUACCUUAUGUGCCACACUAGAUGAAAAUCCAGGAGUACGAUAUAAAAGUGGACCAUCUGAUAGAGCCAGCAAACUUGCACAGCUUGUUGAAAAAAAUCUUGAAAACUACUACAGAACAGAUGAGAAAAGCCAAAUAAAGGCUAAAACCCACUCCCAACUAAUAAUAAUUGAUCGUGCCUUUGAUCCAGUAUCAACUGUACUUCAUGAGCUCACCUUCCAGGCAAUGGCGUAUGACCUGCUACCAAUUGAAAACGAUACUUACAAAUACAAAACAGAAGGAUCUGCUGGGAAGGAAAAGGAGGCAAUUUUGGAGGAAGAUGAUGACCUCUGGGUGAAGAUGCGGCACAAGCAUAUUGCAGAUGUGAUAGAGGAAAUACCAAAACUUUUGAAAGAGAUGUCAUCAAAAAAAAAAGAAGCAGAAGGAAAAUUAUCGCUCUCUGCUCUGUCCCAGCUGAUGAAAAGGAUGCCGCAGUAUCGUAAAGAGAUCAGUAAGCAAGUUGUUCAUCUUAACAUAGCAGAAGAUUGCAUGAGCAAAUUCAAAUCUAACAUAGAAAGGCUCUGUAAAACUGAACAGGACUUGGCUCUUGGAACUGAUGCAGAAGGUCAAAAAGUGAAAGACUCCAUGAGGGUCCUCCUUCCAGUUCUGCUCAACAAAAGUCACGAGAGUUAUGACAAAAUCAGAGCUAUUCUGCUAUAUAUCUUUAGCACAAAUGGAACUACCCAGGAGAACUUGGAGAAGCUGAUCCAGAAUGUGCACAUAGAAAGUGAUAGUGAUAUGAUAAAAAAUUGGAAAUACCUUGAUGUUCCUGUUAUCUCUUCAUUUGCUGUUCAGCAGCAUAAAUACCCAAGAAGGGACCGUUCUUCAGAAGAAACCUUUCAGCUUUCUAGGUGGACACCUGUUAUCAAAGAUGUUAUGGAGGAUGCUAUAGAAAACAAGCUAGAUUCAAAAGACUGGCCUUAUUCUUCCCGGUGUCCUCCCACCUGGAAUGGUUCAGGAGCAGUAAGUGCACGCCAGAAACCUAAGGGUAGUUACAGAGAGGAGCGGAAGAGCAGUGCAAGGCUGAUUAUAUUUGUGAUUGGGGGAGUCACAUAUUCUGAGAUGCGCUGUGCUUAUGAGGUUUCUGAAGCCUACAAGUCCUGUGAAGUUGUUAUUGGUUCUACUCAUAUUUUGACACCUAAAAGACUACUGGAUGAAGUGAAGAGCCUUACUAAACCCAAGGAUAUGGUCUCCAUUAAGGAUGAAUAGAUAUGGUGAUGUUUAUGGUGCAUUACAGAGACAAACAGUAUGUACAUACUCUAAUGGAGCUGACUUUUCCAAACACUGCACUAUGAUACUACAUGGUUCUGACUAAUGGAAAGUCAUGUUAUAAUUUAAAUUUGCUGCUUUUUGGGAAGUAGAAGUCAGAGACAAGAAAAACUAAACACGUAUGUUUCUUAGGUUGUAUUUAAUAUUAUAAUAUAAGCGCUUUUUCAAAAGGGCAUGUUUGUUCCUAAGAAAUUAUGCUAAAAGUUAUUGUGACUAUAUAUAAACUGGAAUUGUCUUUGAGAACUGUGAAACCUUUAUAUAAUAGAAUUUAUUUCUAAAAAUUACUGAAAUAAAAAGGGCCUAGGCCCUUGGGUAGGGGCUUCAGGAGAAAAUUUGUAUAUAUGGGUUUAUGGUAAAAAUGUUUCAUACAAAUGCAAUGUCUUAAAUUGUAAUAUUUUCUUUAAAAGUAACUAAUUGAAAAUUCUUUAAAUAUAUUUAAUUGUGAAAAAUCUAAAGGCUUUUUAGAUGGUGCUGGGUAAGGGAGAUAAUUAAUCACAGAACUAUUAAGCAGUUCUAAUCACAAUAAAUAACUGAAGAAAUGCUGUCAACUGUGCACUGAAGUACACUUUAUAUUUAAGUAUAUACAGGGAUUAUUAAUGAAGCUUUUUAAAAAAAUUAAUUUCUUAGCAACUUCCUUAUGAUUGUGUCUACAUAGUGCAUCUGUUAGAAGUUGAAUUGCCUGUGAUACAGAAAUUCCAAAACUAUAAGCAUGUCUUCUUGAGGAAGUGGAGGCAGGGGAAAAAGAGAGGAAAAGAAGGGAAGCAGUUGAAUCUUUCAAAUGGCUUGGUAAUUUAAAAAAGAAAAGCUAAAAGCAAACCAAAUGACAAAACCUGAUGUAUUCAAGAGAAUUUACUCUUUUUUCUGCUUUGUUACAUACUAAGAAAGAAAUACUUAAAUUUGCAUUGAAAGGAAUAAUCUAAACUGUGUGAAUUCUGUAACACUGGUAAUGUUUAGAUUUCUCUUUAAAAAUUACGUAAUUAAAAUUACUAAACUUUUGAAGGGAUGUUGUAUUUAUGUGCCUUGAAAUGUUAGUUUGUUGUAUGUAGAAGCUGAGAGAAAUGUCAUAAUGAAAAAAACAGAUUACUCAUGGUUUUUUAUUUACAUUUUUCCCAAUCAUAAAGGAAUUAAUUUCUUGUUUUGCAUAAAGGUGGAUUUGUUUCUUUUCUCUUUAUUUUGCUCUAAGUUUAACUAGCAGGUUAAGAGAAUAUUUUUGCUAGGUAAGAUCAUUCAGGGUUAAUUAGAAGGUGGAAAAAGGUUAAGUUC